AUGUCUAGCCAACAAGGAGCAAGCGGAGGGGGUGGAGGGGCAAGAGGCGGAGGCGGGGGCGGGGGCGGCGGCGGCGGGGGCGGGGGUGGUGGUCGGGGAGGUGGUAAGAGGCGACGUAGGGGUGGCCGGGGUCGGGGGCGCGGUGACGGCGGGGGUGGCGGAGGUGGCGGCGGCGGGCCAGGAAACGGCGCACCGGGACACAGCAACAACAACAACUACAACUACAACCCCGCGGCGGCCGGGCUCCCGCUCGGACCUGGUGCUGGUGCUGGUGUUGGCGCCCCUUCUAACAGCACCAUGCCGCCCAUGCCCCCUGCACAGGCCGCCGGCGGCGGCGGCGGUGGCGGCAGCGGUGGCCGUGACGGGGGCGCGAAGGUCAACAACCCCAACUCUAGGACGUCCACGACGACCAUGAGUCAGAUGACGGAGAGCAAGUUCGCCCAACUGCCGCUCUCCGCGCCGACGCAGCGGGCCAUCGCCGAGGUGCUAGGCUACGCAACGCUGACCAAGGUCCAGAACGACUCCAUCCCUCCGGCUCUUGCGGGACACGAUGUGCUCGCGAAGGCCAAGACCGGGACGGGCAAGACCCUGUCCUUCCUGUUCCCCGCCAUCGAAGGGGUCGCGCGCACCCCUCGCGCUCAGCGCAAGGGCAUCUGGGUGUUGAUCAUCAGCCCCACCCGCGAGCUCGCCCAGCAGAUCGCCGACGAGGCGAACCAAGUGCUGACCUUCCACGACAUGUCUCUCAUCUGCGUGGUGGGCGGGACCAACAUCAAGGCCGACAUCCGGGGCUUCCGCGACAGGCCCGACAUCGUGGUCGCCACCCCCGGGCGCCUGAACGACCACCUGGACAACAACGGCCUCGCCAAAGACAUGGCCGGCCUCUCCCACCUCAUCUUUGACGAGGCUGACCAGCUCCUGGAGAUGGGCUUUCGGCCCGCCAUCGAGGCCAUCCUGCGCUACAUGCCGCACAGCCGCGACCGGCAGACGCUGCUCUUCUCGGCGACGAUGCCCGGCGACGUGCGCAAGAUCGCUCAGCUCGCCCUGAAGGAGAGGUACGAGUUCGUGGACUGCGUCGGGGAGGAGGAGAGCACGCACCAGCACGUGCCGCAGCAGUACACGGUGUGCGGGCAGGACCAGCAGGUGGAGGAGCUGUGCCAGCUGCUUCGUGAGAACAUGGCGGCCGACCCUCGCGGGCACAAGAUCAUCGUGUUCUUCACCACGGCCCGCCUCACGCAGUUCUACGCCGAGCUCUGCAAUCUGAUGGGCUUCCCGGUGCUAGAGAUCCACUCCAGGAAGAGCCAGGGGCACCGCAACAAGGUCAGCGAGUUGUUCCGCAACGGCCAAGGGCUCGUCAUGUUCACCAGCGACGUCUCAGCCCGUGGCAUGGACUACCCCGACGUGUCUGCCGUCAUACAGGUCGGGCUGCCGUCCGACAAGGCUCAGUACAUUCACCGCCUGGGGCGUACCGCCCGCGCCGGCAAGGCUGGUCAUGGCGUGCUGCUCUUGUGCGACUUCGAGUCGAUGUUCCUGUCGGAUGUGAGGGACUUGCCCAUGCAGAGACGAGACCCCCUGCCCAAGGCGUCGGUGGCCCAGAUCACCCCCGCCGUGAGCGAGGCCUACGACAAGAUGGCCCGCCUUUCGGUCGUCUGCGCCUACCAGGCUUGGCUUGGGUUCUACAACGGACACCUGCGGCGCAUCGGGUGGAGCAAGGCAGACCUCGUCGCGCAGGCCAACUACUGGAUCACCACCAUCUGCCGCCAACAAGAGGUCCCGGGGAUCCAGGCCAAGACGCUCGGGAAGAUGGGGCUCCGCGGGGUGCCUGGAAUCUUCUAAGAACGCGGCCCCCCCUGCGGGGGCGGUCGAAACAGGGGGGGUCGGGGCGGCUGCCGGAGCGGUGGCGGCGGCGGCGCCGGCGCCGGCGGCAUGGGACCCAGAGGUGGAAGAGGCCGGGAAGGCGGGGAAGAAAGAGGGGGCAGGGGAGGCGGAGGAGGAGGAGGAGGAGGGGGGGGUUACUAUUUGAGACAACCUGCGAUGGUUGGUAUGAUAGUCCCAAUAUUUUCGGUUUUGGUGAGCUCGUCCUUUUUCGUCGGUCGGUUGGUUGUUGCCGGUGACGGAAACGUGCGGGGCGCCGAAAUCGUGUAGGUAAUGGGAAUUUCCACCUUGGUGAUGAACAGGUGGUGCUGCGCGUGCAUGUGUUUGGCUAUAAUAGUAUGAUCCCUCUCGCCUCUGCUACGGUGGAGCGCUGUCCGGCCGUGUUUUGGUGCAAGUUGUAGCUCUCGGAAACCAUGGCUUGGGCUCGGGGGUGAAGCCAGGUUUCGUCUGGCCUGUCGAGCACCCCAGAUGGGCGCAAAGGCAGAGAGAGGUUGUGACUGCACUCCUUUGUUUAGAUUAUUAUUAAAAGUUGUUGUCGUUUUGUCUGCCGCCGUUGACAAGAGGCGGCUUUCGUGCAGCCUUGUUGGCUGGUGUGAUGAGAGUGUACUUUUUAGUUGUUGCUGUUGUCGUUGUCGUUGUUGUUGUUGUUGUUGUGGUCGUCUUCGUUGACGUCUCUGUCUUCUCCUUUUCGUCCACAACGUAGGACUGACUCUGUUCGUGUGAGUUCCCGUGGGUAUUCUCCGAUACAGCCCAAUAGUCUCGUAAGGGGGGGAUGGACGUAUGCGCACUGACUCUGUUAGUGUAAUUCCCGUGGGUAUUCUCCGACACAGCCCAAUAGUCUCGUAAGGGGGGAAUGGACGUAUGCACACUGACUCUGUUAGUGUAAUUCCCGUGGGUAUUCUCCGACACAGCCCAAUAGUCUCGUAAGGGGGGAAUGGACGUAUGCGUGCAUUUCGUCCACUACUGUGCGGAGCGGAUCGUAGGGGUGUAUCACUUGAAAGGAGGGUACUUACCGACCCCGCCGCCACUGCGUGCGGUCGUUGCGUAUGCCAAUGUGGUUCGGAGUCGGGUGGUUAACUCGCUUGCUUGCGAUAGGGGGAGAGACGGAGGGUCAACCCGACCUUGUUAUUCCCUCGCCGCUUGCUAUUCUGUCCCGUUGAGGCCAGACUCCGUGUUGCGUUUAGCCAAGUGAAUGUACAUCGAAAUUUUGAGGUGGAUCGUAUGCAUUUAGGUUUUGCUGUUGUUGCGGGUGCUAAAUAUUGACUUGCUGUCGCUGUGUGAAAGAGCAUUUGGCUAUUGGACCUGCAGGUGAACAAGGUUGACUUUUGAUUCCCUGUCUCCUGGGACGUUCCAUGGGGCGAUUGUCCUUUUCUCUUCUCGGGUAGGGGCGUGGGAGAGAGAGAGAUUGCACAAUCGGCGAUUGCAUGAUGAAGGAUUGAUGGGGUGACUGUAUCGAGGUAAUAACUGACAGUUUUGACCUGAUUUGGACGGUCCGAGCACACGGAUGACGCUGCGACCUGUCAUGGUGUGCUGUUCAUAUAGGCCAACAAAGCAUUGGUUGGCACUGUAUGUUGUGGUUCCAGCUGGACGUAACGCGCACCGUUAG